GCGAUUUUUUACACUUCGAGAAUUUACUUUAAUAAUUUAUUUCAGGAAACGGAUCCAUUUGCCAGGAAUAAUAUAAUAUAAUAUUAAUAUGGACUGUGCAAUAAAUAUGUGAAAUCGAAUGUGUAACGUUUAGUUUUUUUUUUGUGUUUGAAUAAUUUCUAUUCACGUGGAACUGUCAUUAUUUAUCUGGAGGAAGCAAAUUGUGUAGGAUUAAAAAUCUUAAUUGAUUGUAUACCGAAUCGUUUACGCACGAUUCCUACUUAUACGCGAUUACAUGUGUAUUUGCCUGUGUUACGUCGAACCUAACCUAUAGUCACGAGGAUUUGACUUGUUUGCUGUUAUCUAACGUCUUCAAGGUUAUUAAGUGCUAUUCAAAUAUGAGCAUUAACAGUCUGUUAACGAGCCUGUUAUGUUUCGGACGACAGUGCACAAAAUCUGCUGCUGUAGCACGAUGCUACGCUUCUGUUGCUGCAAAUCCAGUGGACAAAGACGGUGUAAAACCAAAGACUGGUAUAGUAAUGUUAAAUAUGGGUGGUCCUAGCAACACUGAUCAGGUCCAUGAGUAUUUGUUAAGAAUAAUGACCGAUCGUGACAUGAUCCAACUGCCAAUUCAAAGUAAAUUAGGUCCUUGGAUAGCCAAACGACGUACUCCAGAAGUACAGAAAAAGUAUUUUGAGAUUGGCGGUGGGUCGCCAAUUCUAAAAUGGACGAAUAAGCAGGGCGAACUUUUAUGCAGGAAGCUGGAUAAAAUUUCGCCUGAAACCGCACCUCAUAAAUAUUAUGUUGCCUUUCGGUACGCAGAUCCUCUCAUAGAGGAUACUCUUGAGAGGAUACGCAACGAUGGAGUACAACAUACUGUACUUUUUUCUCAAUAUCCUCAAUAUAGUUGUUCAACUUCAGGUUCCAGUUUUAAUGCUAUAUACAAUUAUUACAAGACUAGAGAGUUACCAAAUGGCAUGAAAUGGAGUAUAAUCGAUAGAUGGGCCAUGCACCCGCUUCUUGUAAAAACAUUUGUCGAAAGGAUUAAAGAGGAACUUGCACAAUUUCCUAGCGAAAAAAGAGACGAUGUGAUAAUUUUAUUUUCAGCACAUUCCUUGCCAUUGCAGGUUGUAAACAGAGGAGAUUCUUAUCCCGCGGAAGUUGGAGCCACAGUUGCAUUAGUGAUGCAGGAAUUAAAUUACUGCAAUCCAUACAGCUUGGUGUGGCAAUCGAAGGUUGGACCUAUGGCAUGGCUAGGACCCUUUACCGAUGAUGCGUUGAAGGGUUACGUUAAACAGGGCAAGAAAAAUUUUAUUUUGGUACCAAUUGCGUUUGUAAACGAGCAUAUUGAAACUCUUCAUGAAUUGGACAUAGAAUACUGCCGAGAGCUUGCUGAGGAACUUGGUAUCGAGGGAAUACGAAGAGCUGCCGCGCCUAACGAUCACCCUAUUUUUAUCGACGCUUUGACGGACAUUGUUGUGUCUCACCUUAGAUCGAAACAAUCUGUAAAUCCGAAAUUUUUAACACGAUGUCCCCAUUGCGUAAAUUUAAAUUGCGAUGCCAGCAAAAAAUGGUACGCUCAGAUCUGUAAAGAUUAAUGGUAUUUGCGAUAACGCGCGAGCGAAAUCAUAAUUAUAAAUAUUAUAUUAUAUUUAAAUAUGAAUAAUUAUUAUUUGUAUGAUUUGGUAUAUCAAUUAUAUGUAAUGUUAUAUAAUGGCUUGUUAAUAAUUGAGUGAAAAUGAACAGAUCCAAUGGAAUGUAUAUAUUAUAUUUGGAAACCGUGCAAAUAAUAUCGAAUAAAUUAUGA